GCUGCAGACAGGACCUGCCUCUUUCCCUCCUCACAGCACACUUGCAACCAAAGCUGCAUAUUCCUGUUGUGGGGCCUCCUUCCAGCCUUACAUUUCAGUUCACUAUCUUCAGCCAUCUGGGACAUGGCCCUGUUUUUCUUCUUGAUCUUUGGCUUUUGCACUGGACCUGGACUUCUAGAGUCUUCACCCAAAGUGCGACUGGUGAGAGGUCCCCAUCGCUGUGAAGGGCGGGUGGAAGUGGAACGGAAUGGCGAGUGGGGCACUGUGUGUGACGACGGCUGGAACAUGGAAGAUGUGGAAGUGGUGUGCCGGGAGCUGGGCUGUGGAGCAGCCAAGGGGACACCCAGUGGUAAUUUAUAUAAGCCCCUGGCGGAUGAAAAACAAAAGAUCUUCAUCCAAGAUGUCAACUGCAAUGGGACGGAAGAUAAAUUGAUUGACUGUGACCAGGUGGAAGACGUUUAUCAAUGCUCCCACAGCGAGGAUUCAGGGGCAAUAUGUGAGAUUCCAGAGACCGUGAGGCUGGUUGGUGGCCCUGGUAGCUGCAAGGGGCGCUUGGAAGUGAAGCACCAAGAUCAAUGGGGCACUGUGUGCAAAGCAGGCUGGAAUCUCUCAGCUGCGAAGGUGGUGUGCCGACAACUGGGGUGUGGGAAGGCUACACUGACCAAAAAAUGCUGUAACAAGGAUACCCAGGGCCAAGGACUCAUCUGGCUGAGCAAUGUAACAUGCUCAGGACGGGAAGGAAACCUUCAGUAUUGCCUUUCUGGGCUUGAGGGGAAUAAUAACUGCACCCAUGAUGAGGAUACAUGGGUAGAAUGUGAAGAUCCCUUUAAAUUGAGGCUGGUAAACGGAGACACCAGGUGCUCUGGGCGACUGGAAGUGCUGCACAAGGGCAUAUGGGGCUCUGUCUGUGAUGACGGCUGGGGGACAAAGGAGGAGCAGGUGGUGUGCCAGCAACUGGGCUGUGGAAAGCCAGCCUUUGUACCUGCCAAAGCAAGGAGAAAGUUUGUCCCUGGAGAUGGGCGCAUCUGGCUAGAUGAUGUCCAUUGCCAAGGGCAAGAGCAGUCCCUGGAGCAGUGUCAGCAUAGGUCCUGGGGGUAUCAUGACUGCAACCACAAAGAAGAUGUGGUCGUAUUCUGCUUGGGAACGGCGGAGAGGAGCUACCCCGCGUCCGAGGUCAGUGGUGGCCGGGAGGAACUACCCAGCAUCCGAGGUCAGGGGCGGCGGCUGGGAGGAGACACCCCGCAUCCGAGAGGAGACACCCCGCAUCUGAGGUCAGGGGCAGCGGCCGAGAGGAGUUAGCCCACAUCCGAGAAGAGCCGCCUGACAUUUAAUGUUUGGCCUGACUCCGGCAGGCCCUGAGUGUCCUUUGCUUUCUCCUGGUCUCCAAUGGCUUAGUGCAAGCACUGGGCCUGCAGGCUCAGCUACCACUCCCUCAGCCCCUCAGCAAGAAUCUGAACACUCUUUGCUCUGAGUCAAGCACCCCCAUCGUCUCCCGGAGAUAUGAGUUGUUGAAUUUUCUCUUGCCAAGGAAGAUGACCUCCCAGUCACCUGCUCCUCACUGUCGACCCUCUGGCAUUGAUUCUGGCCCCUCCUGCUUCUUUUCAACCAGCCUGGGAUCCCCAGGUCUGUUCCUUUGACCACUAUAGGACAUUUCUAAGACCAAACCUACAUGUCUGUAAAGAACAGGAAAGGAAGGAGACAAAAAAGGAAAAUUUGAAGGGGAAUAUGGGUAAAUAAUGAGCUGAAACUUGAGGGAAAGCUCUUUGAAUGUUUUUUCUCAAGCCUUCAACACUUUUUCUUAACUUUCAACAAUUAACAUCUCACUAUUCUCCUGUUUUCUGAUAAAAGAAGACACAUUCUUUCAAGAGCAGAGCAGUAUCCUAUAAUCCUACACCCUUUCAUGACACUUGGAAAAGAAAUAUUACACCCUCUGAAUGCCCAUAAUAAAAUACCUUUGUUGACUAUC